AUGGUCGAAAAGCCCGUCGUCCUCCUGAUCGAAUCCACCGUCCAGCAAAUAGACCAAGCCAGGCGCCAAGCUUUGGCCCAAAAGGUUUCCUUCUUGACCUAUGACUGCGUCUCAGUCGACGAAUUUAUCGCCCGCCUCCAACCUGGCGGGCCUUAUAACAAGAUCACCGCGAUCGUGCGCACAGGCUGGCUGAAAGCCGGCCCAUAUGCGGCGCAUCAGACCUUUGCCAGCAGAGUCAUUCCACACCUGCCGCCAAGCUUGAAGCUGAUCUGCUGCAGCGGGCAUGGCUACGAUGCGGCGGACAUCCCGGCCCUGACAGCGCGGGGCAUCUGGUACUGCAACACGCCGAAUGCAUGCACAGAGGCUGUGGCAAACACCGGCAUCGCGCUUGUACUCGAAACAUUCCGGUAUCUGAGCUUCGCGCAAUGGUGUGCACGGUAUGACUGGCCGAAGAGCCGUGAGCUCGGACUAAAAGCGGUUGACCCGGCGGGCAAAGUGUUGGGUAUGAUCGGGAUGGGUGACAUUGGGCUUGCAAUUGCCCAAAAGUGUGAGGCGGCGCUGGGGAUGCAGAUUGUGUAUCAUGGCCCGCGAAGGAAAAGGCAGGAGGAGGCGCAGUUGAAAAGCGGUGCGCGAUAUUAUUCAGACUUGAUAGAGAUGCUAUCCGCAAGCGAUUGCGUUGUGGUAGCGGCGCCAUAUACCCCAGAGACACACCACUUGCUUUCGCACCGAGAGUUCCAGGCGGCUAAAAAGACCGGCCUUCGUGUGGUGAACAUUGCUCGAGGUAAGAUCAUUGAUGAGGACGCACUCGUUCUUGCUCUCGAGGCAGGACAGGUCGUGGGGAUAGGGCUCGAUGUGCAUGCGAAUGAGCCCAAGGUACAUGAAAAUCUGAGAGAAAAUUGGAUGGUCACCCUCCUCCCGCAUAUUGCAGUAUGUUCGAAGACCAGUUGGGCCAAUUUCGAGCGUCAAACGUGGGACAACCUGGAAGGGUUUCUUCGGGAUGGCAAGCCUGAGAAGCCGGUCAAUCAAUGUUGA